UAAGACAUGAUGAUUCCACAUAAUCAUGACCGUCUCUCAUUCUCUAGUUUUGUCCAUGAACAAGAACACAUAACCUCAAUUCCGAACCCUAACUCUAAGCCUGUCUCCACUAACGCAUCUAAGAGAAAGAGAAACCACCCAGGAAAUCCAGAUCCAGAUGCAGAAGUGGUCGCUCUAUCUCCAAAAUCCCUCAUGGCGACAAAUCGGUUCUUCUGUGAAAUAUGCAGCAAAGGGUUUCAGAGAGAACAGAAUCUUCAGCUUCACAAAAGAGGCCACAACCUCCCAUGGAAGCUGAAGCAAAGAACCAACAAGGAGCAAGUGAAGAAGAAAGUGUACAUUUGCCCUGAGAAGAGCUGCGUCCACCAUGAUCCAGCUCGAGCCUUAGGAGACCUAACCGGAAUCAAGAAGCACUUUAGCAGGAAACAUGGCGAGAAAAAGUUGAAAUGCGACAAGUGUUCCAAGAAGUAUGCUGUGAUAUCCGAUUUGAAAGCUCAUAGCAAGAUUUGUGGUAACAGAGAGUAUAGAUGUGAUUGUGGUACACUCUUCUCCAGGAAGGAUAGUUUCAUCACACAUAGAGCCUUCUGUGAUUCGUUAGCUGAAGAAAGUGCUAAAUUUGUCUCAUCAGUCCCAUCACCUUUAGCUGCCAAUUCGACCAUCUCCAUAGCGGCUACUACCAACAAUCCAGUUCUUAUUCAAUCACAUUUGGAUCAGUCCCUCACACGUACGGCCGGUUUUAACGUCAACCCCAAUCAAACCACCUUUUUGGGACACAACUUCACCACUUCUGACCAAAUCCCCCUACAAGCCAAUGCUUUCGCGUUACCAUCGCCACAAUCACCUCGUGGUACAUCUGAUUCCGUUCACAAUCUCUGGAAGUUAAAAGGAGACGGUUCACAGAGCUGGCUACUCGAUGAAUACAACAAUAAAAACAUUCUUCAUGAGAGAAUAUCCAAGAAUCAAGAAGAUGAGAUCAAGAAGGGAAUUAUCUACAGUGGCUCGAGCCCAACCGGUCCAAACAUAGCAUCUUUGUUCUUGAACAACCAAGAAGGGCAUGUGUCUUCCUCGUCGGCAACCACAUUGCUUCAAAAGGCGGCUCAAAUGGGGUCAUCAUCGAGCUCCAACGCUAACCCCAUGUUUGGGCUAAUGACUUCCUCCAUCUUCAGCAAUGACAUGCCAAACUUUAGUUGUUUCAAGCCGAAGAAUAAAGAAGAAGAGCUGACCAGAGACUUCCUUGGUGUGGGAAGUCGUCGUGGUGACCAACAACGUCUUCAUCAUCAUCAUCAUUUGUCAUCAAGCGUGCCAUUGACGGUGAACCAUGAUAUCCUCAAGCUGGCUACGACCACUGUGGGAGGGGAAUCGACCGUGGACAUUGCUUCAGAUUCUGAAAAUACUCGUUUUUGUUGA